CGAGACUGCCGUCCCGUUUCUUCCGGAGCUUCACCACCAUAACUUUUCCUUUGCCGUCCCUUGGAUACGCGUGACCAUCACAGAACGCCGGUCGACCACGGGGCCGAAAAUUAGAACUUGCGAUCCAUAAAAAGUCGCGUAGGAGAGGAAUCGACAAACAAAGAGUCCUGCUUGUUCCCCAGAAAUGCGUACUUGAAAGAGAAUCAAGCGCCCUUCUUCAAUCCAUUCGUUCAUCUUUUGCUUCUUCCGGCAGGCCCACAAUCUUCCAUCUUAAACGUUGCAUCCUACCUUGACGGUUAUAGGAUAGAAGACCAUAAUAUCAACCAAAUCACAAUGCAGCUCCUCAAAGGUCUCGCUGUGCUGGGUGUCACGGCGCUUGUCACAGCCGCCCCUCUGCAUCCCAGGACAUCAAACGUCACCAGCUCGGAACCCGUGUUUGUCAACCUGGACCCCAAAAUCCCCUCAGCAGGUACAUCUCCAGCUCCAGGGACGACACCUCAGCAAGGUCCAGCGAAUGAGCCUCAUUUCCUGAAGCCAUCACCAUCACCGCAACAGGCAUCACAACAAGCAUCGGCACCAGAACCGGCAGCGGCAGCACCCAAGCCGAGUGCAACCCUACCGGUGAUACUCAUCCCACCCCCAGCCGACGCCCCUCCAGGAACAGGACCCUCCAUCUUCACCCCAACGCCUGACAGGCCAUCCCCGUCACCAUCUCCUCCACCGCCACUCUCAAACGGCGGUCGCGGUGAUCUAAACCCUGACCUGGUCCCUUCGUUUGGCGUAAUACCCAACACGAACCGCGACGCGCAGCAGCCAGGUUCGUGCGACGGCUUCACGGGCGCCGAGAUCGUCUUGAUACCCUGCUCGUGCCCUCCAGACCGCGACCUCUUCCUCUCGCGCCUGCGUGACGCAAUCGCAGCAGGCAGCUUCGUCGACGAGCCGGUAUCGUUCAGCAACGAUGCCGCAGACGACUCACCCGCCACCAACCGCGUCCGCGCCGACGCCAUGCUCGUCGUCCUGCAGAGCAUCAGUGGCGUCAGGGGCGUCGGAUGUCCGGCCGCCUCGGCGCCAAACUUUCUCGAGAUGCAGAGAUCGGGCGUCAGGAUCAAUGGGACUUUUAUCGCGGGUGGACCUGCGUGAGGUGGCAUGUGUAACGAAGAGACGGUGAGAUGUUGGAAGGCUGGGUGGCUGUAUGGAGUAAUGGUCGAUUUUCUUCUUUUAUACCUUUCUUUUUCUUCUUUUUGUCUCCGACACCAGGGCAAACUUGUAAAACUUUUUGGUUGCUGCACCAUAACAGCGGGGGGUUUGGGGUUUCACGAUAUAUCAAAAUGUAUUCUCUUCGAAAAGGUGUCUGGUCCGGAUACUAUUGUAUAAGACAAUAUGUCAGUUGUACAUUAAUUCAUCAAAUUCAACUUGGAAACAUCGUGUGC